GCCGGGGGGUGGGGGAGGAGGAGAAGAAUCCACCCAUCCCUGCCAGCUGACUGGUAGACUGUCCGGGAGCUUUAAUGCAGCUGCAGCUCUUCAUUCAGAUGCUGAGAGGAGCAGUGGAUCGCCAACGGAGGAGGGGACUUUUUGUCUUGCAAGGGGGGGUGGGGGAAAACAAGAGACAGCCCAUUUUUAAUCUCAUUUCGCUCCCUUCCAUACUCACUUUGAUGCAUACUGAGGGAUUUUCCAGCUGCCUGUAAUCGUUUAUGUGGGGAAGCGCUGCCCUGGAUGCAGACAGAGGAUUGCGGCAAUCCAAGGCACCCUGAAUGAUCGGAUCUUAGCAGCACCAGCAGCAUCUCAUUGUAUGAAAUGCGUCACCACGAUCCGGUUUACACAUUUCAGCCCUGCACUCACAGACUGUUUUAUGUGAUUACUGCUUUGCCAGGUAACCACAUGUGCGGGCCGGUGUCACCGCGCUGAGCCCAGAGAGCACGAAGGAUAUCAGGGGUCAGUGAGACAAGAGUGCUCGGCAGCGGGGGAAAACCAGGCGGACCGGAUGACGUCCAGAACCGCCGAGGCCUCUGGGGUGCCGGCGCCUCCGCAGCGCUGCCUCGGCGGUCUCCAGACCAACAAUGGCACCUGCGCGGAGCAGCUCAGCGUCAGCCUCUUCCCGCCGCUUUCUUCCACUCUCGCGCUCCUCGUGCUGGUGGCUGUUCUCUUGGGGAUCAUCCUCGUUUCCCUGGCAACGUUCCUCUUCCACAAGAGGAAGCUCCGGAACAGGAAGAUCCAGCGCGCGCAGGAGGAAUACGAGCGCGACAGUCGUAGCCCCGUGCGCGCAGGCCCCGGCGCUGGGGAGCCAGCAAGGCCGUGCGUCAUCGUGCGACCGGUGAGGCGUGAUGAGAAGCCCUCGAGCCGGAGCGUGGACAGCGAGGACAAACAGACAGUUCCACUUGACUGUUAACUCCGAGAAACUUCAGGGAAUGAGACUGUGGAAUAAACCGGAAAAGCAAUAAGGCACAAAGAAAUCCCACUUCUCCCCACAUCGCUGCCGCUUGUAGACGACUUAGAUACAUUAGGGCUAGAAAGCAGAAUACCGAGCAGACUAAUAGACCUAGAUAUAACUCCAAACUUUCAUCAUUU